GGAACGGCGCCCUCUCAGUGGCUCCUCUGCGGACAGCACCAUAGCGGCUGCCUGCGAGACCCCUAUUAUGACAUCCCCAUCCCCGCAGUACACUUCUCCCAGGAAAGAGCCCCCUAGAGAGAUCUCCACUGGGGCAUCCCGUUGGAUAACUCCUCUGCUUUCCUCGUGGCAUGUAUCCCCCGGAAACGGCUAUCUCUAGAGACCCCCACACAAUAGCUCGCCUGUAUAAAACCCCAAAUGUCCAAAGCUCCGCCCUACUGGUGGUCUCUCGGGCCUUUGCCCUGCCCUAAGACACCGACACCUCCAUGCACACCCCGCUGACAGCACCUCCCCUGUGGUGCGUUUCCCCACCUCGAAGCGCACCCCUUCCUCACUCACUCCACAAUGGGGAGCUCGGUUUAGGGGAGCAACACGAAACAGUGAACUGGAUCGAUGAGGAAGAGGGGUCCAAGAACCCCCGAAAGCGGCGACGCCAGGCCCCCGAGGCUGGAGGCGGCGCCCUUGGUGCUUUGGUGUGAGGGAUCCUGGAUAAUCAGAUACAGACAAGAAAACAUACUUGGAUGUUUAUAUAGCAAUUGUUAUAAAAGCAGUAAGCACUGCAGCCGACUCCGCCGAGUUCAGAGUAUCCUGACCCAGAGCAGCAAGUCUCAGCCUGAUGGCAUCCUCUGCAUCCUAGGAAUUGAUAGCAGGUAUAAUGAAGGCUGCAGAGAGCUGGCAAAUUAUCUUCUGUUUGGUUUGUACAAUCAGAAUAUCUGUGAUUUUGAGAUAACGGGAUUUUCUGAAGAAGUUCUAGAUGACGUGAUUAUACUGAUUAAAUCAGACAGCGUCCAUCUGUACUGUAAUCCUGUGAACUAUCGCUAUCUCGUACCGCUUGUGGCGCAUUGGAGAAAUCUGCACUUCCACUGCAUGACUGAAAAUGAGUAUGAAGAUGAGGAAGCUGCAGAAGAAUUUAAAAUUGCCAGCUUCGUGGACAUGGUUAGAGACUGUAGUAGAAUCGGCAUUCCUUACAGUUCCCAAGGUCACUUGCAGAUAUUUGAUAUGUUUGUGGUGGAGAAAUGGCCAAUUGUACAGGCCUUUGCACUUGAGGGCAUUGGAGGGGAUGGAUUUUUUACCAUGAAAUACGAGUUACAGGAUGUGAGCUUGAAUCUCUGGAAUGUCUAUAGCAAGAUGGAUCCUGUGUCUCUGGAAACUUUGCUUUCAGAAGAUUUGGUAGCUUUUGAACAUCAGUGGACCAGCUUCUUUGCUAACUUUGACACAGAAAUUCCUUUCCUGCUGGAACUUUCAGAAUCUCAGGCUGGCGAGCCAUUUAGAAGUUACUUCAGUCAUGGAAUGAUCUCCAGCCAUAUAACUGAAAACAGCCCUAAUAGGCAGCCAUUUGUUCUCUUUGGUAAUCAUUCCACACGGGAAAACCUGAAUGCUGGCAAUUUUAACUUCCCUUCUGAAGGGCACCUGGUACGCAGCACUGGUCCUGGUGGGAGCUUUGCCAAACACAUGGUAGCACAGUGCGUUUCACCAAAGGGACCUCUUGCUUGUUCAAGAACAUACUUUUUUGGAGCUACUCAUGUUCCUUACUUAGGUGGUGACGACAAGCCGCCUGAGAAAACUGAACAAAUUAGGCUCUUGUCCCAGGUAUACACUGCUGUUAUUGCGGCUGUUCUGGCUGGCAUUGCAUGUUACGCUAAAACUUCCAGUCUAACAAAGGCCAAGGAGGUAGCAGAGCAGACCCUGGGAUCUGGGUUAGAUUCCUUUGAGUUGAUUCAGUUUAAGGCAGCUUUACGCUCCAAGACAGCUUUUCAAAUACAUGCUGUGAAUAAUCAGGGAAGAAUUGUACCUCUGGACAGUGAAGAUAGCUUGUCCUUGGUAAAGACGGCUUGUAUGGCUGUCUAUGACAUUCCUGACUUGCUGGGAGGAAGAGGGUGCUUAGGAUCUGUGGUCUUCUCAGAAUCAUUUUUGACAUCUCAGAUUAUGGUUAAAGAAAAUGAUGGCACUGUUACCACAGAAACCAGCUGCAUAGUCCUGACUGCCGCCAUACCCAGAUUCCGCUCUUGGCUGGUAGAAGAUAAGGAAGUGAAAUUGUCUGAGAAAACUCAGCAAGCAGUGAGGGAGGAUGAGUUUUUCCUGGGCAGUUUUCUAACAGGAGGAGAAGGAGCAUAUCUCCAUUCUAGCAAUCUACAGUUCUGGCCUGAGGAGGGGAAAGUGCAUUUCUUCACUGGUGGCCUUCUGUUUUCUCAUCGUCAUCAUGGAAAUAUCAUCAUCUCCAAGGAUCAUAUGAAUUCCAUUUCCUUCUAUGAUGGGGAUUCUACCAGUGUCGUUGCUGCCCUUCUCAUAGACUUCAAAAGCUCACUGCUUCCUCAUCUCCCAGUUUAUUUUCAUGGAUCACACAAUUUCCUGAUGAUUACCCUUUUCCCCAAAUCAAAGAUAUACCAAGCAUUUUACUCGGAGGUCUUCUCCCCCUGGCAACAGCAGGAUAACUCAGGGCUCUCUUUAAAAGUGAUCCAGGAAGAUGGAUUAUCUGUGGAACAAAAGAGAAUACACUGCAGUGCACAGAAGCUCUUCGGUGUCCUGAGCCAUCCUGCUGGGGAGAAGCGGAGUUCUCUAAAGCUACUCUCAGCCAAACUCCCAGAGCUGGACUGGUUUCUGCAGCAUUUUGCGAUCAGCAGCAUUAGUCGGGAGCCCGUGAUGCGGAGCCAUCUUCCAGUCCUGCUGCAGAAAGCUGAAGUCAGCCCUGCUCACAAAGCAGAGAGUGACAAGGUUAUUAUCAGCAUUGUAACCGGCCUCCCGGGCUGUCAUGCUAAUGAGCUCUGUGCUUUUCUGGUCACUCUGCAUAAGGAAUAUGGCAGGUGGAUGGUGUACCGCCAGAUCAUGGACAGCUCUGAGUGUUUCCAUGCUGCCCACUUCCAGAGAUACCUUUCCAGUGCCCUGGAGGCCCAACAGAACCGUUCUGCCCGCCAGUCGGCUUACAUCCGCAAGAAGACCAGGCUGCUGGUGGUAUUACAAGGCUACACGGAUGUUAUUGAUGUUGUCCAGGCCCUGCAGACCCACCCAGAUGCGAAUGUCAAGGCCUCCUUCACCAUCGGUGCAGUUACAGUGUGUGUGGAGCCCCUGAGCUGCUACAUGGAGCACAGAUUUCUCUUCCCUAAAUGUCUUGACCAGUGUUCACAAGGCCUAGUGAGCAACGUGGUGUUCACCAGUCUCACCGUGGAGCAGAGGCACCCUGUCCUUGUUCAGCUGCAGAGCCUCAUCAGGGCUGCCAAUCCUACUGCAGCCUUCAUUCUCGCGGAGAACGGGAUUGUCACCAGGAAUGAAGACAUUGAGCUGAUUCUCUCAGAAAAUAGUUUUUCAAGUCCUCAGAUGCUACGUUCUCGAUAUUUAACAUACCCUGGCUGGUAUGAAGGUAAAUUUGAUGCCGGAUCAGUCUUUCCACUGAUGGUUCAGAUCUGUGUAUGGUUCGGCCGUCCCCUGGAGAAGACUCGCUUUAUAGCCAAGUGUAAAGCAAUUCAGUCCUCCAUCAAGCCAAGUCCCUUCUCUGGAAACAUCUACCACAUCCUGGGCAAAGUGAAGUUUUCAGACUCUGAGAGGGUCAUGGAGGUCUGCCACAACACCCUGGCCAAUUCCUUGAGCAUCGUGCCGGUUUUAGAGGGACCCACGCCACCACCUGACCCCAGAAACACACCUCAAGACAGCAGUGGGCAGCAGGAGUGCUACCUUGUGUUCAUCGGCUGCUCCCUGAAGGAAGACAGCAUCAAGGACUGGUUGCGGCAAUCAGCUAAGCAGAAGCCUCAGAGGAAAGCCCUGAAGACCAGAGGAAUGCUGACCCAGCAGGAGAUCAAGAACAUCCACGUGAAACGCCAUCUGGACCCCCUGCCUGCGGGCUACUUCUAUAAUGGCACCCAGUUUGUUAACUUCUUUGGUGACAAGACUGACUUUCACCCACUCAUGGACCAGUUCAUGAAUGACUAUGUGGAAGAAGCCAACCGGGAAAUCGAGAAGUAUAACCGCGAGCUGGAGCAGCAGGAGUAUCACGACCUCUUUGAGCAGAAGCUCUAGAGGGAGGCUGGGCCCAUAGUCCUGCAGCAAGUCCACCAGGGAAACCUGACCCGGCUCUCCUGGAGGCCCUGCCUGGAAGGGCUGUCUUUGUUCUCUCGGCCUGUGCGUGCUGGCUUGAGUGUGUGUUUUCUGUCCUCUCUCUACAGCGCUGAAGAGCAUCACCUGCCCCCGGGGGGGAGGGGGCGGGGGUCCUCAAGGAAGAGCAGCUAGGGACUGCCUGUGUAUGCGGCUGGCAGUCCGGGACCCCGGCUCUCUCUAACAGUGCCUCCUUGUGGCUGUGGAGGCACUGUGUGAGGGCAGGAGAGCAUUUGGCCCGUACUGAGGAGCUGCUGGGAGUUAGAAGGAACCCUGGCUGUGGGGGGCCCAGGCCACCCCUGGCCCCAGUCUCCAAAUGCUGCCAUGGGAAAUCCCUCGUCACUAGUGGGGUACCUGCCUUCCCUGCUGAGACCCCUUCCAUUCAAGGAGCUGGCCGCCUCGGCCUGGUGCUGAGCGGGGCAGCACAAGCCCUGCCCACAGAGCCAGCAGCUGGGGCUGAGGCUGGCAGCCUGUUCUGAGAUGCAGGAGGGAUUUCCCUGGCAGCCUGAACUGAGGGGAAGCACAUGGCUGCUCAGACGUGUGUGGCUCUCCAGUUGACACAAGCAGUCCCCCGUGGUGGUUCUGGAGCUGUCUUCUGUUAUCACUCGUGUUUUCCUAAUCAGGCACAAGAACAACCCUAUGGCCCAGGCCCCGCCGGCACGCAUCGCCUCACUGUGGAGGGGCCUGGUCACUUGUGGGUGUCAGUCUCCAGCUCCAGCCUCACCAAACAAGGCCUGCUUUUCAGCCACAAACUUCAGGAGACUCGUGCCCCCCUCCCCAAAGCGUUGUUGCUGGCCCUGGUCUUAUUUGGCUCCUGAGGACCAGGAUUUCAGAGAAUUUUGACUCUGAAGUCGGAAUUCCUUCCAGUGACUUUGUUCCUAGCUCACCCCUGGAGCAGAGGGGAACUCAAGUGUGGCCCGUGUGUAGCCUUCAUGAUCAGUGUGUGCAGGAUGGGGUCCCAGGCCCUGGUGUUUAGGUGAUGUCUGCUAGGACUUCAGCGCCUCAGCCGCCUGCAUUGCCAGCGUUUCUGAGUUUCACGUAUUAUUUUGCAUGCCUUAGGAAGAAGCACAUAGGUGAAACCAGCAAAUUGUCCAGUAAUGUAGAAGGGGUUCUGAGAAAGGCCCCUGGCACAGAGGAGAGCCAGGCUGGAGCACAUGUGGCCUGCACGCCAGUAGCAGUGCAGUGCCAAGGGCUUGUCAGUAAAACAUACUUGUAUCAGAAAAAAGCAAUUUGUAUUUGAAGCCAAAUGAGCAAAACUCGAAGUACGGUAGAUGAAGAAGCCUUGCACCUCGGAAGGCUUCCUUGAAAAGCCCACGCGCUCCAGACUCCGCUCCGAGGCCUCUUUGGGAGUCCCUGGUUUCUGGCUGGCCAGGGGCCCGGCUCCACAAAGCGGCUGCCUCUGCCUCAGAGUCAGUAGCGUAGAUCUUAAGUGCAAUUGAUUCAUAAGCAGUGAGUUACUGUAGCUUCCUUCAGCUCUGUGAGCUCUUUUUAAAAACUCAGACUUGAGCAGCCUUAGAAAAGGGAGAAGUGAAGUUGGGGGCGGGGAGGGUGGGGGUGGGAACCGCAGGCCAUUUCCUCCAAGCGGGUAGGGAAGUUUUAAAUGAAAGCUCUCAAUCUAGGAGCUCAAGCCGUUCCUGGCUGCCCUGGCCUGGCAGUCUGGCUGCUACACAAGAGUUUUUAAAGAGGGGUCGGAGCUGCCCGUGAGAGCAGGCCUUCCCGCCGCGUGGGCUGCGCUGCGCUGCGCUGCGUGUCGGUCUGCUCUCCGACCCGCGUCCAGGGAAAUGCUCUCUCACCAACCUGCCUGCUCUCCCUGUUCCUCUCUCAGAGGGAAACUGUGAUGAGAUUACCUCAACUUGCGUAUGAAACUGUGAUUGAAACGUCGAAACAUUAAGAAGUAUCAAAGCCAAAAAGGCAAAAAAAAAACAAAAAAACAAAAAAAAAACACGGCUUCUUAGCCUUCUCGGGGAUGGGAGGGGCACGUUGGAGAAAGGGCGUUCCUGGGGUGCUUGCUGUGCCCCUGUGAGAAGGCAGAGCAGCAGCAGCGCCUGUGAGCUCUUUGGGGACUGGCAGGGGGAGGGGGAUGCCUGCCCCUGCACUGCCCCUUCAGGAACCUUCACUGACAGUAUCCACUUGACUCCUCCCUGUUGGGGAGCAGGACCUUUGGCCGUCCCCAUCCCCGGAGGAAGGCCGUGACACUGUGUUGUAGCUUUUCACCUGAGGAGUGGAGGCCAGAACCGGCAGCGAGGCGGUGGGUUCCUAGGGACAGCAGCAGUCCCCCUGGGCGUGCAUGCUUUGGCCGGCUUUCCUGUUAGCAGCUUCAGUUCUUAUCACCAGAGUGUGUGAGAUAAUGUUGAAGUCGCUGAAGUUAUGGGUUAUCUUUAUUUUGAUGUGGGAUAUUUCUGUUUUUGAUUGGAAGGAGAGACAGAAAUUGUAGAAAAACAGGAUCACCCUAGGAAGGGGCUGCAGCCAAGGCCCUGCUGAGCCCGAGGGGGCAUCUGACCUGGGACCUGGAUCUUGGCCCUAAAGGUUGCAAGAAAAAAUACUAUCCUAAAUUCUAUUAGGAUGUUGGAGAAUUUUUGCACAGUAAUAAGCUCGGGGUUGCUCUUUGGGCUUUUUUUUCAAAAGGGAAAAGUUCAACUCAAAGAUUGUAAACUAUUAAGUAUUCAGCCAUGUUGCUGACUAGUUGGAUCGCUGUACCUCAAAAAGUAGGUGAGAUGUGACUUCUACAUUGUCCCAGGUUGUCAAAUACUAAUGACAUAAGAGCUCACUUACGUGCCAAAAUUCACUUUUAUACUAGUUUUUCAGUGCUUUAAUAUUUGUAACUUAAAUUUUAAAACUCAUAUUUACAAACACUACUGUAACUUCAGUGAAACUGAAUUGUGUGAAUGAAGCUUUUUGCUUAUUAUAGUAUUUAUUACACUACUUAAUUCAGUAAAUAUAUAAAAGUAGUCUUCAAUUUAUUUUUAUAUUAUUUGACAUGUUUUUACCUGCAGUUGUGUAUGUGAAUUUACCUUGGUAAUCGAGAUGUAACACUAAGGACCAAUAAACUAUCACUGACUAA